AGGCGCUCGAAGCGGGCUGCGGCACCUUGCGCCCAUCUGCUGGAAGCUGUCGAAGGGGAAACUGACCGUCUGGGUAGCGCUUUCGGCUCUGCCUGGUUACCUCCUCGCGGUGCCGGGCGCGGUGGACCCGCUGACGGCGGCGGCGCUAGCGAGCGGCACUUUCCUCACGUCCGCAUCGGCGCAGACCCUCAACCAGCUGAGGGAGGUGGACCGGGAUGCCAGGAUGAGACGCACUGCGCAGAGGCCGCUCCCGACAGGACAGAUUUCCCGCGAGGACGCCGCGAGGUUCGCGGUCGCGUCCGGCUCCCUGGGCCUCGCGGUGCUCGCGGCGGGCGCCACGCCCGCCACCGCCGCGGUGGCGGCCACCACAAUCGCGACGUACGUCUGCGUGUACACGCCGAUGAAGGUGGUGUCGCCAUACAACACGCACAUCGGCGCCAUCAGUGGGGCUUUGCCGACCCUGCUCGGCUUCACCGCCGCGCUCGGCGCCGACGCCCUCGCGUCGCCGUGGGCGCUCGGGGCGUGGUGGCUCUUCGGCAUGCAGG